CCGCCCCGGUGUGCACGCGCGGGCCCGGGACGCGGGGCAGUAGGUGCCGGAGCGGGGCACCUAGCGCCGGCUUCCCAGCUCGAGCCGCGCGCGCCGGGGCGGCGAGGGUUAACGCGAUCUUUCCAUAUUCAUGGCAUUGUUUUAAAGGUGCAAACCUGUGGCUCCGGGUCGGCGGUGACUGUCUCUUAGGAUGCAGCGCGACCCCUUUUGCGUGUAUUCCUCCAUAUCUUCCUGCCCCGCACCCCCAAGGCCCAGUCCCUCUUUCCGAAAACGUGGAUACGAAGUAGAGAACCCAGCUGACGGUGAGAGAGGGAGGGGAGGGGCUGAAUUGUGAGGAGUGUGGGCCCAGAACCAUGUCUACGCGGGAAACCUUUAACCCGGAAAGUUAUGAAUUGGACAAAAGCUUCCGGCUAACCAGAUUCACUGAACUAAAGGGCACGGGAUGCAAAGUGCCUCAAGAUGUCCUGCAGAAACUAUUGGAAUCCUUACAAGAGAACCACUUCCAAGAAGAUGAGCAGUUUCUGGGAGCUGUUAUGCCAAGACUUGGCAUUGGAAUGGAUACUUGCGUCAUUCCUUUGAGGCACGGUGGUCUUUCCUUGGUUCAAACUACAGAUUACAUUUAUCCUAUUGUAGACGACCCUUACAUGAUGGUAAGUUGGACCCAAUGUGUUUAUAUAACUAGAAUUGCUUGUGCCAAUGUCCUCAGUGACCUGUAUGCAAUGGGGGUUACAGAAUGUGACAAUAUGCUGAUGCUCCUGGGAGUCAGUAAUAAAAUGACUGACAGGGAAAGGGAUAAAGUGAUGCCCCUAAUUAUACAGGGUUUUAAAGAUGCAGCAGAGGAAGCCGGAACAUCUGUAACAGGUGGCCAAACAGUAUUAAACCCCUGGAUUGUCCUGGGUGGAGUCGCUACAACAGUCUGCCAACCCAAUGAAUUUAUCAUGCCAGAUAAUGCAGUACCUGGAGAUGUGCUUGUGUUAACAAAACCCCUCGGUACGCAAGUGGCUGUUGCUGUACACCAGUGGCUAGAUAUUCCUGAGAAAUGGAAUAAAAUUAAGCUAGUGGUCACCCAAGAAGACGUCGAGUUGGCAUACCAAGAAGCCAUGAUGAACAUGGCGCGGCUCAACAGAACAGCUGCAGGACUUAUGCACACAUUCAACGCCCAUGCGGCCACUGACAUCACGGGUUUCGGGAUUUUGGGCCACGCACAGAACCUGGCCAAGCAACAGAGGAACGAGGUAUCAUUUGUGAUUCACAACCUUCCUGUGCUAGCAAAGAUGGCUGCUGUGAGCAAGGCCUGUGGAAAUAUGUUUGGCCUCAUGCAUGGGACCUGCCCGGAGACAUCAGGAGGCCUGCUAAUCUGUUUACCACGUGAGCAAGCGGCUCGGUUCUGUGCAGAGAUAAAGUCCCCCAAAUAUGGCGAAGGUCACCAAGCAUGGAUUAUUGGGAUUGUAGAGAAGGGCAACCGUACAGCCAGAAUCAUAGACAAGCCCCGGAUCAUUGAAGUCGCACCACAAGUGGCCACUCAAAACGUGAAUCCCACACCUGGUAUGAAGGGUGAGUGGAUGGUAACAGACUGUCAUCAAGUAGAAAGCAGUGGUCGUGGGCCUCCAGAAUUGCUGGAGUCUGCAUCUUGCUGUGGAUGCCAAUUCUGUUGCUCUGCGCUCGAGGGCGCGGGCUCCCGCAACGGCAGCGCGGGCUUCCCGGGCCCCGCGGGCUUCCCGGCGGGCUCCACGUGCUCUCGGGUGGCCCCAUCCCUCGGCCCGCGCUGUCCCGGUGCAUCCCCUCUCCAGAGUUUCAAGAGCCCUGGAUGUGGCAGUUGGCAGCUGAAGUGGGCUCAGAGCACAGGGAAACUCAUAGCAGGUGAGAGGACACCUCCGAGAGUGCUCAAAUGUACAAAACAGGCUCACAAAUGCAAAGGCACAGCGUAG